UCCCACAUCCCCUUCAUUCCUAACUCCUAUUAUUUUCUCUUCCCCUAACAACACAAAGGGGAUUUCAAUGGGAAUGACACUUUCCUUUCUUCUCUUUCUCACUUUAUUAUCUCCUAUCUUCACAUUCUCCUCUCAUGUUUCUGAUCCUGAAGUUAUAGUCCAAGAAGUUAAUCAGAAAAUCAAUGCAUCAAGAAGGAACUUAGGCUAUUUAUCAUGUGGCACAGGCAAUCCUAUUGAUGAUUGUUGGAGAUGUGACCCCAAUUGGGAAAAAAACAGACAAAGAUUAGCUGAUUGUGCCAUUGGCUUCGGCAAACAAGCAAUUGGUGGAAAAGAUGGCAAAAUCUAUAUAGUUACUGACACUAGUGAUGACCCUGUGAACCCAAAGCCAGGAACAUUAAGAUAUGGUGCAAUUCAAGAUGAACCCCUUUGGAUAAUAUUUUCUAGAGACAUGGUCAUUAAGUUAAAAGAAGAAUUAAUGUUGAAUUCAUUCAAGACUAUUGAUGGUAGAGGUGCUAGUGUACAUAUUGCUGGUGGUCCAUGUAUAACUAUACAAUAUGUUACAAAUAUUAUUAUACAUGGAUUAAAUAUUCAUGAUUGUAAACAAGGUGGUAAUGCUUAUGUUAGAGAUUCACCACAACAUUAUGGUUGGAGAACAUUAUCAGAUGGAGAUGGUGUUUCUAUAUUUGGUGGAAGUCAUGUUUGGGUGGAUCAUUGUUCUUUAUCAAAUUGUAGAGAUGGUUUGAUCGAUGCAAUUCGUGGAUCUACUGCCAUUACUAUUUCCAAUAAUUAUAUGACACAUCAUAAUAAGGUAAUGCUUUUGGGGCAUAGUGAUACAUUCACUAGAGACAAGAAUAUGCAAGUUACCAUUGCUUUUAACCAUUUUGGAGAAGGGCUUGUGCAGAGGAUGCCAAGAUGUAGACAUGGAUAUUUCCAUGUGGUGAAUAAUGACUACACUCAUUGGGAGAUGUAUGCAAUUGGAGGAAGUGCUUCUCCAACUAUCAAUAGUCAAGGCAAUAGAUUUCUUGCUCCUAAUGAUGUCUUUAACAAGGAGGUGACAAAACAUGAGGAUGCAGCAGAAAGUGAAUGGAAGAAUUGGAAUUGGAGAUCUGAAGGUGAUUUAAUGCUCAAUGGAGCUUUUUUCACAAGAUCUGGUGCUGGAGCUUCUUCUAGUUAUGCUAAAGCUUCAAGUUUAAGUGCAAGGCCAUUUACUUUGGUUAAUUCUAUUACAAUGAAUGCUGGUGCACUUGGUUGCAAAAAGGGAAAAAAAUGUUGAUUGAUUUAUAUCAUUAUUAAUAAUCCUAAUUACCACUAUAUGUUUUUUUUUAAGUGUCUUAUUGAGAAAUUGUGAAAUAUUAUAAUCUCUCAGUCAAUUUCCAUGUAGUAUAUAAAAUGGGUGAUGAAGGACAUGAUGAUGUGUUUGUGACUUGA